CCCUUGGUCUCCGUCACAAGUUACAACUCAUCAAUUCGGCAGAUAAAGGUAGUAGUAGUGUUACGUUCGAAUUCGAAUUGUUCCAUUUGCUUCGCAAAAGUUGCAACUACUUCCACAGAAAGAAAAAAAGUUUCUAAGUUAAGGAAAUCCAGAGUGAAAAAAAAAAAAUGGCCGGUGACGGUGCAGCUACAUGCAUAGACAUCCUUCUUGCCAUUAUUCUCCCUCCUCUUGGUGUCUUUCUCAAAUAUGGUUGCCAGGUGGAGUUCUGGAUUUGUUUGGUGCUGACCCUUUUUGGUUAUAUACCUGGAAUUAUCUAUGCUGUCUAUUCUAUCACCAAGUGAUCGUCACCCUUUAACUUUUGUGGACAAUAAACAAAUGUCAUGGGCGUUUCUGUCUUUCAACUCAGAUAUUACUGUUUCUUCAAUCUAUCGUUGUCAAUGUUGCCAUUUUCUUUUGUUCUGUUUUUAAAAACCCUUCUGUUUUUAGCUUAAGCGAGAGUGGAGUGUGUAGCUUGCUAGCUUGUGCAUGUAGUCUCUAGAUUUGGUAAUCGAUUUGAAAUACACAAUUUUAUUUGUAUCAACGGUCUUGUUCAUGUAUCUUAUGUAAAUUGUACUAUUCAUUACUUUCAAAUUAAUAAAUCGGAUUUAUUCUUCUUA